AUGAUUGUCGCUCACGCUCCAAAAACUUAUUUCGGUUCAGGAGAUAUACAAAAAUCAUUGGGUUCUCUUCCUGGAUUUCCAUGGGCGAAAUAUCCCGGAGAAAAACAUCUUCCCGGUCAUAAUUACACCGGUCCAGGUACUAGGUUAGAUCUACGAUUAGACGAAAACGAUAAACCCAAACCAGGGGAAGAACCAGUCAAUAGAGUUGACGCCGCUGCGUUUAAACAUGAUAUUUUAUACAGAAACAAAGACAUAAACUUCAGACACGAAGCAGACAAACAAAUGAUAAUCGAACUUGAAAAUAUUCCAAAUCCAACUUUCAAAAAGAGAAUGCAAAGAGCAUUAAUCAUUAAACUCUUGAAAGCAAAGAUGAAAUUAGUCGGAGAUCGAGUUCGUAUUUUCAAAUAUAAAAGUAAAUUCGAAAAAGGUUACGUUGGAUACUGGACGAACGAAAUAUUUAUCGUUGAUAAAGUAAACACUACAUCACCUCCGACAUAUGAAUUAAUCGAUCAAGACAAAGAACAAAUCAUAGAAACCAAAAAACCUAACACUACAGCGUGGAUAAGUAAAGCAAAACCUUACUUCCUGGAUCAAAUCGGAGACACUCUUCAAGGUGAUUUAGAUAUGAACAACUUUAGCAUAACUAAUUUAAAGUCUCCGGAAAACGAUAAUGAUGCCAUUCACAAGAAAUAUUUACGGGAACAAAUAAAUUCAAUUGAAGUAAAAGUUGAUUCAUUAUUCUUCAGACAAGAUACAUCAUUAUCUAAUAAAAAAUUCAACGCUCGUAAAGUUCUUCAGUUUAUCAAUGGUACAAAAAAUGUAGAAACUAAAGAAUUAGAAAUUAACGACGAAAACACCAAGGUUAAUCACUUAUAUGAAAUUAAAACGAGUGGAAAAUAUAUAGAUAGGUUUAGAAUGUUAAUCAUACCAGAUAAUGAAGAUCAAUUUAUAUUGAAUGAUUUUGAUAUGUUAUUGGAGACGGAGACUCCACCAUCAAUGAAUAUUAUUAGAAAUCCAGAACCAGAAAAAAAAGAUAUAAGCCAUUAUGAGUUUUUACGAGCAACAGACUUUGAAUACGUAAAACUAUAUUUUGUUAUUAAUGAUGUAUUUACCUCAAUCGAUAUUCAUAUAUUAAGUCAACAAAGUCAAAAAUUUUUAAUAAGAGAUGAUGCAUAUGUUAAUAUAUCAAUCUAUAUUGAAAAACCGUAUUUUUCAGUUCAUCUGAAUAAGAUUAAUGAUUCGAAAGAACAAAUAUCGUUAGUAAUUAUACGAGUUGUUAUUAAUAAACACCUAGCAGCUUUAUCAGAAGUUCACUUAAUUUAA